AUGACGGAAAUUGGAAGUUGUUUUAAAAGUUCGCUCUGCGGUGGUUCAACAGCUUCAAUUACACCUAGAGAUUUGAUAAUUCAUGGACAGGCGACAGAUAUUCUCUCAGAAUUUUCAGCUACAACGCUAGUAACAUUACAGGACCUUUCAGAUCAUCUUAAUGAAAUCGCAAGACACCGAGAUGAUUCUAAUUUUAAAAUGCUUAACAAACGGGCCUUGAAAUCAGGAGACAACCUGAAAAAUGCAACAAAACAAAAACUUGAAAUUGCUUUUAGGGAACUCCUUGAGAAAUUGGCGAACCUUGUUGAUAUUGAUCCAGAAAUAAUCAAUAAUGUUCUUAACAAUUCACCAAUUUUGUCAAGAGACGUAGCGAGAAUUCAAGAAUUUAUCAAGACUGGCAAAUUAUUGUAUGACUCAGCAAAUAAUGUUGUUGAUGGUAAAGAUGACGAAUUCCUUAUUCACAUUAUGAACAAAAGUCAAGCAGAAAAUGUUAAAUUUAAUUUGAGUGGAUGCUAA